GAGAUCUUCGCCGUAGUAGGAUAUGUAAUUCGCCGAGCGUCUCGUGUGAGGUCCUCAGGCAGUCAGUGUGCGCCUCCCUUUGUGCCUCUCCACUCAAGAUGGCUCCCGUUUUAGAGAAGAAGCUACUGGGCGCAGCCGGGACAGGCGACACUAUGGAAAACAGCAACGAGGAUGAUGAAGGACAAAACCUCUGGUCUUCAAUCCUCAGCGAAGUUUCCACACGCUCCAGCUCUAAAUUGCCUUCAGGGAAAAAUAUACUGCUUUUUGGGGAGGAUGGUUCGGGAAAGACAACACUCGUGUCAAAACUUCAAGGAGCCGAGCACAAUAAGAAAGGUAGAGGGCUGGAGUACUUGUACCUGAAUGUCCAGGAUGAAGACAGAGACGAUUUGACUCGCUGCAGUGUGUGGAUCCUGGACGGAGACCUGUACCACAAAGGCUUGCUGAAGUUUGCGGUGACUGCCGAGUCGCUGAAGGACAGUGUCGCGGUGUUUGUAGUGGACAUGUCACGGCCUUGGACCAUCAUGGAGUCGUUGCAGAAGUGGACGAGCGUGCUGCGUGAACAUGUGGACAAAUUAAAGAUCGCACCUGAGGAAAUGAAAGAGAUGGAGCAGAGCAUGGUUAAGGCCUUUCAGGAGUACGUAGAACCAGAGGAAUCCACACCAGCCUCCCCCCAGAGACGAGCUCCAGCAGCCGGGGGAGAAGAUGAAAGUGUGCUGCUGCCCCUCGGAGACAACGUCCUCACACACAACCUGGGCAUCCCAGUGCUCAUAGUUUGCACAAAGUGUGAUGCUGUCAGUGUACUGGAGAAGGAGCACGACUACAAGGAGGAGCAUUUUGACUUCAUUCAGUCACACAUCCGGCGGUUCUGUCUACAGUAUGGAGCUGGUUUGAUUUACACUUCAGUCAAAGAGGAGAAGAACCUGGACCUUCUUUACAAAUACAUGGUGCACAAAAUAUAUGACUUCCAGUUUACUACACCUGCCUUAGUAGUGGAGAAGGAUGCUGUGUUCAUUCCAUCUGGAUGGGACAAUGACAAGAAAAUUGCCAUCUUGCAUGAAAACUUCACAACGGUUCGACCUGAAGAUCCCUUUGAGGACUUUAUAACAAAACCUCCUAUACGAAAGUUGGUGCAUGACAAGGAAAUCAGUGCAGAGGAUGAGCAGGUCUUCCUCAUGAAGCAGCAGUCACUGUUAGCCAAGCAGCCGGCCACUCCAACAAGAGGAACAGAGUCUCCUGCUCGGACUGCAUCUGGUUCACCUCGACCGACAGGCCGGACUGGGCCCACCAAUGUGGCGAGUGUCUCACCCAUGACCGCGGUGAAGAAACCAGACCCCAACAUGAAAGGAGCAGCGGCAAAUGAGGGAGUGCUGGCCAACUUCUUUAACAGUCUGCUGAGUAAAAAGACCGGUGUGCCGGGCAGUCCUGGGACACCAGGGGCGGCAGCAGGGACGGGUGUACAAGGUUCUGCCAAGAAAACAGGGCAGAAGCCGGGUUUGACUGACGUCCAGGCAGAACUGGACCGAAUGACUCGUAAACCCGACUCAACGGUAACGGCCAACAACACCCCUGCGACGGAGAACGAGGCAUAAGAGCACCUACAGCAUUGUCCACUCGGGAAAUCAACAUGUAAUGACAUAAAGGAGAAAAAAAAAAAAAAAGCUAUUCAUGACCAAAAUUCCCCCACCUUGUGCGUCAAUCAGCAAACAGACCCCAGUUUACCGAAAGUGUUGGGAUUCUGUCAGAUGUUGUGGGGGUAAAGAAGGUAGAUAUUUGAAAAGAUGCAACUGCUUUUUGUUGUUUUCAUUUCCAGACCCCUUUCUAUGUAUGUUUGUUUAUUUGUGGUGAUUAUUUUUGGUGUGGCAUAGUGCAGGUCAGGUAAUGGGUGCUCUGUCCUUAAGGAGGCAGUCAAACCUAUGAAGCGCGGGGCCUUGCUUAGCUUGGGGAUCCUUAACCGGCACCCAUUCCCCUCCUCCUGACAAGGGCAGAAACGCACUGCUGCGCCCAACCAGCAGUCGCUUCAGUGUUGCAAUCAGCUACAACUACUGCUAAAAGCCUAAAUAUAUUCAUCGAAAACAAGAAGUACUUGCGAAAAGUAUAUAACGUGUACAAACGGUUAGAUUUAUGCUGAUGUAUUUAUAAAAAAGAAAGCAAAUCGAGCUUUUAUUUUCUCUCUGUGUUUUAUCAGUGAGACGUUAAGCUUCACUUAACACGGUUAACAUCACUGAUGUCAUGACACUAAUGACAAAUACCCAUUGGCCUUCAGCAUACAACAAUGGCAGAUGCUGCCACACAGCCUCUUUGAAUUAUGUAAAUACGCGCUAAAUAUUUGCUAUACGAGCUUUGAUUUGAUUUUGUAUAAAAUGGAAUUAUUUUAACAAUUUAUGAAGAACUAUUUGAGAUGAAAGCAUUGGGUAUCGGGCUGAGCUUUUUCUUUCGGCUAUGGUUGCUUUUGGAGGAGAGGGGCAGGGCAGCAUCUUUCCUAGUAUAACUCCCAAGUGCCUGUGUCAUAGUGGAGGUGCUUGUCUCCAAAAGAGGAAUUGCACUGUAGCAUCAACAGUCAAAUUGAUUUGUUUUUGUUUUUUGGUCCAGCUUCAUGUAACUUAUUUUCGUUUUGUUUUAUUUUGGAAAUGCAUGUCUGUGGUCAUUUACUUUUUUUUUUUUUUGUUGCUGCAAUUACACAUUUUGCUUACUUCAGUGGCCUAGAUCUUUUUUGCUGCCAUCGGGAGCUUGCCUUUCUUUUUGCGAAUGUCAGCAUCCACAUAAAGCGCGUUUAGCGUCUCGUCCCACCUCCCCGUUGGAAAUCGCGGCUUAAACCACUAGCGCCGUUUUCAUGGGGCUGUAAGUCGUUUUGUUAGUGCUUACAGAUGAGAUCUCCGAUUUUUUUUUUUUUGUUACCUGAAGCCUGUAAAGCGAUUCACGUAAAACAUUCCCGGUUUCUGUAGUUGACCCUGUAGGCGACGCUUGUUUGUUUCGCGUGCCCUGCCUCAGUGCCCACUGGACGUGACGACUCUGCCUUCGGUGUAGCGUUCACUGUUGUCACUCCACAUGCUCUGUCUCUUCACUCAGGGUAGUUCUGAGUCCAUACAACAGCCUUGUUUGUCUUCAUAGUAAAUUUCUCAACAUUUUCUUCUACUACUGAUACUGUAUCGUACUCCUGUUUCAAGCUAAUUGUUUGUUUGUUUUGCUGAAAUUGAAACUAGGUUGGUUUAGUUCGACAAAUGAUCCACAGACGUGAUGUAAUGUUUUUUUUUUUUUUCUAAGGUUUCUAACCUUAGUGUUGUAGCGGAGAAACUGUAAAUGGAGCAGCUAAAGUGGCUUUUAAAUGAUCGUUGCAUUUUCAGAAGAAAAAGGAAAACGCAGAGAAUUGGAAUCUGGAACCAAAGAUGUAGAAUCCACAUGUUAUGUCUGCGUCGAGUAGCUGCCCUAAAUUCCUCCCAGGUGGCCGCUGUUGGCUGAGCCUGGAGAAGCCAUCAAUCCAAAAUGGAUCCUCUGCUUAUACUGUGGUGGUCUGUAAUCGUGUUCGACGUCCAAUUUUCUUUUAUUUUUCCACUAGAGUUUAAAGUCUCUGUCCUUUUUUUUUUUUUUUUAAGCUCUUCAAGGGAAUAGACCACGAGACGUGUAGAGUUUACUGUUGUUUUGCGUGAACUUGCGUUAGAAAUAUGAAAAGAUCGAUCUCAUACCAAACUAGAGGUAAGGAACUCGAAUGAAAUUGACAUUAACGCUGCGUAACACUGCUUAACAGUUUCCAUUUACGAUGGGCAGGGCUAAAGCAUUCGCUGAUUUUCAAGCACAACAUUAAGUCUGCACUAUAUACCUCUCGUUUUAGUGGUUAAGGUUUUUCAUCUAUUCAGAAUGUGUGAGAACUUAUUGGAGACGCCGCUGAUGAAGCCUCUGAUCACAUGCUAUAACAUUCGACAUGCUUUCAGAACUGCUCAUAUAACCUUAAAUGCACUUAAGAAAUCAUCGCAUCCUCCGCAUUCGCUGUGUGACUGAAAUCUCACCGUUUAAAUAUCACUGACACAUUCCUGUGGACGUAACUCAUUUCCCCCUUUCAUACGGAGUUUAACAUUAUUUCAUGGCAUUGUAGCUUUUACAGGAAGUGAAGAACUGUUAAUUCAUUUUAGUUAAACUGAACACAUUGUUAGCUAUUUAAACAUUGUUUUCCUCCCCACACACACACACACACACACACACACACACAGUUACUGAUUUUGAUAGUAGCUUGGUUGAAAGUGUUAACAACUUAAUGGACUAAGAAAUUUAAAACUAACAAGCUGCUCCUGAGAUGCCUGAAGUACUUGAAAAGCUUCUUAACUCAGACCCCAUCUGUUUUCCCAAAGGAGAUACACAACGGAUAAAAGGUCUAAGGAUGUCCACCAAAAGAAACAAGAUAACUUGGCUUCAUUGGUUUCCCCCGGUUGGGGAUGAUUGCAAUUAUAUAACGAACAGCACAUUUUAUAUCUAUUUCAUUUAGACUAAAAUGAAAGUUGACCGCUUUGUUCUGUAUAAUCCUUCUAAUAUGCACUUAUACCUGUAAGAAAGAAAAUGUUGAGAAAAUGCUCUGGCUUCCAAAAUUUCUACACAGGAAUUGAAAGACCUUUCUAUUCACACAAAGGACUGUGUUUGUGUGCUAUAGCCUACCUUAAAGUGAGUCUGAUUGUAUGGCUUUAACUUGAUGCAGUAUGUGGCCAUGUGAAAACUUGCUUUUAAUGCAAACAAAGAUAAGGAAACGUCUUUUUUCAGUCCUGGCUUAAAUAAAAUACAAAUCUAGA